UCCGCGCCGUCCCUCAACAGCCCCCUCGGAACCCUGCGGUCAGUGGAAAGAGCCCGCCCACGAGGAGCAAUAUGUGAGCGAGGCCGUGUCGUCGGACGAGGCGCCGGGCGACAUCGUCUACAGAGACGCCGGGACCAUCACAGAUGUGUGUAACAGCACUGAUCUUCCGGAGGUGGAAAUCAUCAGUCUCCUGGAGGAGCAGCUGCCCCACUACAGGCUGAGAGCGGACACCAUAUACGGGUAUGACCACGACGACUGGCUCCAAACGCCGCUCAUCCCCCCGGACGUCAGCCUCGACCUCACCACAGAGCAGAUCGACGAGACGCUGAAGUACUUCUUGCUAUGUGCUGAACGAGUCGGCCAGAUGACCAAGACGUACAAUGACAUAGAUGCUGUCACACGUCUGCUUGAAGAGAAAGAGCGGGAUUUGGAGCUGGCCGCUCGGAUCGGCCAGUCGCUCCUGAAGAAGAACCGGACCCUCACGGAGCAGAAUGAGUACCUGGAGGAGCGCGUGGGGAUCAUUCGUGACGAGGUCUCGCAGCUGCGGCACGAGCUCUCCAUGAAGGAUGAGCUGCUCCAGUUCUACACCAGCACAGCGGAGGAGAGCGAGGGGGACUCCGCCAGCUCCACUCCAUUACGACGGAACAAGUCCAUGACUUCUGUGCCCAGUUACUUCCCCCUGGAUUCCCUGCAGAGGAAGCUUAAAGAGCUGGAAGAGGAGAACCUCAUCCUGAGAUCAGAGGCAUGUCACCUGAAGACGGAGACCAUCACGUACGAAGAGAAGGAACAGCAGCUGGUGAAUGACUGUGUAAAAGAGCUCAGAGAGUCCAGCCUCCAGAUCUCAACCAUCUCAGAGGAGCUGGCCAAGAAGACGGAGGACGCAGCCCGGCAACAGGAGGAGAUCACGCACCUCCUGUCCCAGAUCGUUGACCUGCAGAAGAGGUCCAAAUCGUACGCGGUUGAAAAUGAGGAACUCACUCAACAUUUGGGGGCAGCCAAAGAUGCUCAGCGCCAGCUCACUGCUGAGCUGAGGGAGCUGGAGGAGAAGUACGCUGAGUGUUUGGAGAUGCUCCAUGAGGCUCAGGAGGAACUGAAGAACCUGAGGAAUAGAGCAUUCCCCAACAGCACGCCCCGGCGCUUCCACCCCCUCGGCCUCUUCCCCAUGGACUCGUUGGCAGCUGAGAUUGAAGGCACCAUGAGAAAGGAGAUGCAGAUGGAAGACCCAGAUGUGGAGGAGCAGAAGACCCACCACAGACGCGUGUUUGAGACGGUGAAGAACAUCAACCAGAUCGUGAAGCAGCGUCGCCACACCCCGUCGGUGGCGAACAUCCCGGGUUCGAACCAGUCCUUCUCCUCGCUGAGCUCCGCCCUCUCCAGUGGUGCGAGCACCCCCCGCUCCGGCCGCUACCCCAGCAACGUCAGCAACGUCGUCCUCGACAACCGCUCCAGCAGCAUCAUCCUGGAGUCUCCGGAGAGCAGCGCGGACGACUCCAACAAGAAGCCGGGCACCCCGGGCGCGCCCGGCUCCCGCGACCUGGAGCUGGCGCUGCGGCGGCUCUCCCUGCGGCGGGAGAACUACCUGAGCGAGCGACGUUUCUUCGAGGAGGACCGCGAGCGCAAGCUGCGCGAGCUGUCGGAGACCGGCGAGCUGCGCAGCGGCGCCCUCACUCCCUCCGACAGCAUCAUGUCCCUGGGCACCCAGCACUCCGGCUUCUCCGGCCUCUCCGGCCUCUCCGGCUUCUCCGUGGUCAGCCGCUCCUAUCUGCCCGACAAGCUCCAGAUCGUCAAGCCGCUGGAAGGCUCGGUGACUCUGCACCACUGGCAGCAGCUGGCCCAGCCCAACCUGGGUGGCAUCCUGGACUCCCGGCCGGGCGUCGUCCCCAAAGGCUUCCGACCGCUGGAGCUGGACCUGGAGGAGGUGUACCAGUUCACCGACUUCGAGGAGGACGAGCCAGAUGAGCAGUUCUUCCAGAACCUUCCUACCUCUGGCUCUGGCCCUCCGCUCUGCCGCAGCCGCACCUCCUCCUGUUCCUCGUCCUCCAGCAGCCUCAACAACAACCACCCUGGCAAUCUUGACGCUCCAAUGCAUUACCCUGGUAAAUGUAUGUCUCACACCAACUCUACCUACACCUUCACCACCUGUCGCAUCCUGCACCCCACGGAUGAGCUGACCCGGGUCACGCCCAGCCUUAACACAGGGCCCACGGCCUCAUGCGUUAUGACCAGCAGCCUGCGGUCCACUCCUGCAGCCACACCCUGCACACCACGCCGCCUCAGCCUGGCCGAGUCCUCCACCAACCUGCGAGACUCCACCAAGACCACCAGCACCUCCCUGGGGCUGGUGCGCCUCCUUCAGGAGAGGGGGAUCUCCGCGGCUGUGUACCACCCUCAGAGCUGGGACCGGGCCGGCGGCGGACUCCUGCCCCGAAGCUCCUCCUCCUCCGCCCCCCGGGCCCCCGACACCCUCCCCUCCACCCCUCCCAACUCGCCCACCAGCCAGGCCCCGCCGGCUGGCGCCUGCGCCAAUGCCCCCUUCGAGUUCCAGACCUCCGGCCCGCCCUACGACAACUUCCUGGCCUCCAAGCCGGCGCGCUCCAUCCUGCGGGAGGUGGCGGCGGAGUCGCGGGGCCGCGCCGACUGUGAGAGCCAGACCGACGUCAGCGUCUUCAACCUCAACCUCGUGGACAAGGUGAGGCGCCUGGGCGUGGCUGGCGUGGCCGGCCCCGCCCCCAUGCUGGGGCCCCUGAGCGGACUGCGCCGCAACCGCACCUACCCGGCCAUGGUCGGGGCCAGCAUGGCCAUGAAGGGCCCGGGGCCCCAGGGUGCCGAGAUCAUCCUUGCCUCCAAGCUGCCCAAACAAACUAGCCUCAAGUGACGGACCCACCCCCUGUCCUCCCCUGGUACCCUGCAGAUUUUUGGACUGUGCUCUUUAUUCUUCCAAUGACCACUCAGCUCUGUGCCUGUUAGAAAUGCUCUUUGUACAGAUCCUUUUGUAUAAAAGCCAUUCCCCCCCAACACCCCCCCCCUCUCAUAUAGUCCAGUACCGUGAUGUAUUCUCAGACGCCAUUGUAGCACAUGGUAGAUCAGGAGGGAGUGCCCUUGUGUAAGAAUGUGUGGUACCUUUCCUUUGAAGUAUUCCUCUGAAUGUCCGAGAGCUUUGGAGUUCAGACACACGCCUGUAAAAGCACUUUUAUUCCCGGGUCGAGUCACACGGUUGACACGCGCACGUCCCUGAAAGCUGUGGCAGAAACAGCUCCGGAACGUAACUGAAGAAAUGGAGUUCCUCACACUGCUCAGAUGCUCCCAGGUGGUUUAAUAUGCACGUACCAGAACAGCAGUGUACAUACUCCUUUUCUCAUUUUUAGAACCAGACACCGGCUCUGAUCCUUCUCCUCUGCGUAGCUCUGCAUCUCUCUCCACCCCUCAGCUAUAGCUAAAAUUAGCUCAGAUGUCAUAGAUUACUCAUUACGGGCUAAUAAAAUGCCAACGUAUUUACUAUCAAAGUCAGUUGCCAUCACACGAAAAAAUAACAUAUUCAGCAGGGUCCUUGUUGUUUUGGUGGCCUUGCAGGCCUUUGUAGGGCAGCCAUAUUGUGAGGGUCUUCGAGUGCAAUUGUAAUCAGAGGGAUGGAGUGUCGAUGCCGACUAAAAGCAAUUGUGCCUGAUUAAUGUAGCUUGCUCUGCUGUGGGAUGGAUGAAGUCUGCUAGUCUGCUGAGCCCUGAACCGCAAAGACAGUUUGCACUGAUAUUUUAAAACGGGCAUCACAAAAGGGUCCUUUGAAUCGAUGUGGCCUGGGCUGAAAUGAUACAACACAUUAUGUUAGGGCUUGCAUCUAUAUAUGUGAAGCACAUGAAACAUUCGUGCAAGUGUUUUUACUAAAUAUUCCAGCAAGGAAUUCAUCAGCCGAUGCUCUUUGUAUGUAUGCACUCAUCGCCGAUAACUUGAAUUUCUCUUUUUGAAUGUAUUUAGCGACAGCAGU